AUGCAGACGAAGUGGAGCGUCUUUCUGGACGUGCUCCCGGAGGAUGUGGACGACAUAUACGAGAUGUACCGGAUAAUCGAGGAAAACGACAGGGUUAAGACAGUUACGCACAGAAGCGUGGUCGAGGGAAAGUCCAAGACCCGGGUUACGCUUCUUUUGGAGGUUGAAGUCGAGAAAGUGAGCGUGGACUUGGCGGCAGGGAUACUUUUCGUGAAGGGAAAGAUCCUGACGGAGACGGAGCACACAAAAGUAGGGAGUUUCCACACUUUGGAGGUUCCCGUCCACCAGAGAGUCUCCCUGACGAAGGAGCACAUCUCCAGUGCGAGCUUGAAAGUCCUUGAGGGGCUGACGAUAGAGAACAAAGCGACUAUUUCGUACUUGAUCUGCAGGAAGGAGGGAUACUCUUUCCUUCUGGGGACUGAGUAUACGCUGCGGAGAGUGGGUCUUCCCGAGAAGGUGAAGUCCCGGGAGAAGUUAUUCCAGCAGGUUCUCUCGCACCUGAAAGGAAAUAUAACGGCUUUUGUGAUAGUUUCUCCGGAGAAGGAGGCAGAGGAGUUCUUCCGCCGGCAGAAGGACCUGAAGGACCGGGUAGUAUUCAUAAAGAAGGCAGUGAAUUCCCCGAAUACGCACCGAGGGGAUACAGCAGAGAUCGAGGGAAUAUACAAGUCCCCAGACCUUCUCAGGAAGUUGAAAGGCGUUAGAAAGGGAAACGAUCUUUUAGCCCUGAAUUCUUUCUACCGGUUGGAGGAAACUUCCACGAAGGGAAUUGCCGUUGGAGUUAAGGAAGUAAAAUGUGCGUGCGAGAACUACCUUGCAAAGACGCUGAUACUCUCCGACGGCCUGAUAAAGUCAGACCUCCCAGAAGAGAGGAAGGAGGCUGAGGAGAUCAUGAAACUAGCACGACAGGGAAACUCUGAGGUGUGCAUUAUAUCGCAGUAUACGAUGGAGGGAGAAAGACUCAAGGAAAGAGGCGGAGCAGUAGCGAUACUGACGCAGCCCGUAGAUAUUUCUUCUCUCUUCUAG